AUGACAUCCCACGACGGCCGCCACUCGCACAUUGUGUCAUUUGAUUUUACGAUGAACAAGCACUCGCUGCUUGGCUUGGCUGAUGAUGUUGACGUCUUUGGCCGCGGCGCCCUUGGAAUCGGCCGCAGCCAUGCGCUGUUCGAAGAUCGAGAUGCUCCAGACCCAGAUUCAAAGACCCUGUUGCCAGUGCUGCGCGAUGCAGAGUGGCACAUGAACGGCGCCCUGCUGUUAAUGCUGCCAUCCGCCAUUAGAUACGAGCUUAUCGACGGGGCGUUUCCCCACCGCGGAAACUCGCACAGACCACUGCCACUGGCGGCUUCCAUGACCUGGCAUAUGCUAUUAGAUGGCUGGCUGUCAUCAGGCACAAGCAGCGAGUGCAUGUGGCUAUCCACAGUCGAAAUAGUCGACGCCCGCCUUGACCACGCCGCUGUGUGGACUCUAUUAUCAUCCCCAGGCAUUGCCGGUCGUGUUCUCGAUGUAUGUAGCAUCCCUGGACCUACAAGCAGCAUCGCUGUUGGCGCCGGUGCUGGCGUAUUUCCGGCCGGUGCCGACAUUAUUCGCUUGUGCCCGCACAUUGGCGCGUGCACAACCGGCGGUGGCGCUCGCAGCGUGUGGCCUUGCGUUGUUGCCACCGCUGUAGUGGCGGUGCGCAGAACGGCGCGGCUAUUGGCCCUCUCAGGUAUGGUGCUGAGGUCAUGGCACUCGUUCGAGUGCCACCUGCGUAUCCGCACUCGCGGAUUGGCUUCAAAUAAGAACCACGCGGCCCUGCUUUGCUCGUCACUGCUUAGCUGUGCUUCCCUAGACCAGUGGCACGGACCCCCGUCGUUCACGCUGACAAGCCUGCUAUGGCUGCUCGUGUUUCGCGAAUCCGAUACCGUGGCCCGGCGUCGCGCCCCUACGCAGGUGAACAUUGCUGGCGGUGCUUCUGAUAUGAUACUAUGUGAUAUAUUAUAUGAUGUGGUGGGGAAUAAUGAAGAUUGCCUGUAA